UUUUACUCGAGAUUGUUCGAUGUGUGUGAGGUUGUAAAGGAUAAAGAAAAGGUGAGAAUGUGGGCUCUGAUUUAAUUGGGGCCUUAGGGUUAUCAUUUUAUCCCCUUCCUCUUUUUGUUUUUUCCCCUUUCCCCUUUUUCCUUUUGGAGUUUUUCCGUUACUCACAUCAUCAACAGAUGAAGAAAAACCACUUAAACCCAAACACACUCUUAAGUUGAAGCUUGUGAAGCUCUUUUGAUGUGACAAUAAAAGAGUCGGUAGAUAGACAGUAAAUGAGUUCACAAACACUUCAAUUUUAGAGGAUCCAGAUUAGCUUUUGCUCUCUGUUCUUCAGAUGUCUCUUUAGUGUCAUUGUACUACAUUUCAUUGUUGGUCAUUGCUUCUUUAGUUUACAAUGUGGGAGCCGUGGGGUUGGCAAAAGGAGGUCAAUUGUUUACAAAAGACAUCCACUUUUGACAUGUCUCAGGAGCUUUGGAAUGAAGUGCCUCAAAAUGAAGACGAGAGUUCCCACGUGUUUGAUGAUGAAACAACCCCAGUUAAGGCUUGUGGGGAUUUGGCUUACCGUGUUACUUACAGUGGUAAUAUAGUAAAGGAGCCAGAGGAAUGCAGGGAGACCUCUCUUCUCAAGAGACGUCGGAUGCUCCAGUUCCACUUGCACAGCAAUGACGUGCAUGUUUCUCUUUCCAAUGAAGAGAUGUCUUCAGCAUGCUUGAAAUUUAAUGAUGGGAAGGAGGACUUAAUCGAAGAUGCUUUCCCAGACAUCUCACAGUGGGUGCCUGGAACGUCAGGAAGUGCUUCUGCCUCCAGUUAUGAGGACCUUGAGCUGUCAGCUGAAGGAUGGCUUGCAGAAUGCUUUAAUGAUGCUGAAAUGGAAUUCAACACUGAUUAUAUGAAUGUUUCAGGGGCAGGUGAUGUUCAGAUUGAUGUUGCAGAGCUCUGCGACAUCCAACCGGCAAAUGAGCAAAAUGUGGUUAAGCAGCAUGCUACUCGACCACACAGAAAUGUUAUCUUCAAAGGAAGGAAAUCUAUGAUACAGAUGCCAACCAAGUUGGCAACUUCUGUGGCGUAUCCAUUUGCUUUCAUCAAACCUAGUGGUGCCCAAGGAGAUGUCACUCUGAAGGAAAUAAAUCAGCGGAUACAAACUCGGACAUAUUCGAAAUCCAAGCCAAAAGUUGAAGAUCCAUCUUCUUACCCUAAGUCAGCAUUUUCUGGGAAACCUGUUGUAGGCAAAACGAAAAUUCGUACAGAAGGAGGAAAAGGUAGCAUCACAAUCAUGAGAACUAAAGGCUGAAUUUAAAUUGUUGAGUCAUACCCUAGCGGGGUUGAGCUCAUUUUCUGUAAUAUCUAUACAUAUAUAUAUGACAUGUACAACAUGAAAUUGUAAUUUUUGUUCUUUUUAGCUAUUGCAUCUAUAAAUUACACCACCUUUAUGCU